CCGAGAUGCUCGUCCAGCAUCAGUUCUCAUGUGGUGUCUGCCCGCGGACAUGAUGCAGAGUUCAUCUUCACUCUCAAUGCUCUGGCUUCGAAUUUGUUUGUGUCUGCUUAGUCCAAACAUUUCAUCUCUGCAGGGCGUAAACACACCACAGCAGCCUCACCUGCAUCCUAAAGUAAAGCAUCAUGGGCGGACCAGAGGAGACAUGUCCUCAGCAGGGGUGAAAGAAGUCGAUCUACUGCAGCUUUUGGACAUGCAAUCAGUCGCACAUUACAACGUGUCAGCAGCAGAGGACGACCGAGGGUGUCCGGCAUAUGAGAUAGGACAAUAUUCCACACUCGCCCAACCUACAGCUGCAGUAUUUGGACAUCGGUUUCCAGAUGAGCUGAGUGUGCUGGUGCGUCUGCGUCUGGAUCCACGCCGGUCAGAGCAAAUGACACUGUUGGCUGUUUUAGGGCAAGAGGGGGAGGAGCUUUUCCAGCUCACACUGGGACCACGACUCUUCACUGUCAUCACUGUUUGGGGACAACACUAUGAGUUCCCUGCGGCUUCACUGUGGGAUGGGUCGUGGCACAGCCUCUCUCUGGCCUUCUCUCUGUACACACUGAAGUUGUACCUGGACUGCGGUCUACAGGAGAGCGCCUCCUGGCGUCAUGGCUUGGGACCUCGGAUCAACACGUUGGGCCUGGUGCUGUUGGGCGGAGCUUCACUUCCUGACCACACACCGUUUACUGGAACCAUUCAGAAGAUUGCCUUUGUGUUGGGAGAUCCGACAGCAGCUGAGCAGCACUGUCAACAUUACAGCAGCACAUGUUCAACUCCGACAGACAAACAGGUUGGAGCUGAUGAAGUAAAUACUCAUCCAGUCGUGGUCUCAGACACUACUCUGCAGGUCCUACUCACUCAACCGACACCAAGACUGAAUCCAGUGAGCAGCAUUUCCCCUCUGAAGUCACAGACUGCUCCAAACACAGAGGAUGUACACAGCACAGAUGCAGUGAAAACCCACACUGGUAUGGAAACACAGACCACAGACCUGCCAAACAGUGAGGAAGACGAACCAAAUGCUGUGACAAAAGAGAUAGUUCAGCAGAGUGCAGCUAAGGGGCCUCAGCCUCUCUCUGUGUCCACAAAUGAGCAGCUUUCUGAAUCAGACACUGACAUAUCCGGGACAAUGAAGGUGCCACAGACAACAGAGGAGAGCAUUACAGUCAGGAUUGCUUUGGUUCACACACUUCAAACCAUUCAACACCCUGAGCAAGUCCAUCAGCCACCUAAUGCAGCCAAAGAGGGCUCUACAAAUAAUGACACAUCUGUCCUGGAGAGUGUUGAGACAGCCGUCUCCAGCCCAAACAUUGGACCUGAAAACCCCACAGCUCCGAGUGUCACACCUGAAACUACAAGAAGAGAUGCAGAAACUCAAAGUGCAGAUGGAUUUGUCUCCAACAGGACCUGCUGCUUCGUCUUAUGGACAAAUAAUGGGGGAAAAACAGGACACAUCCCCAGCAACAAGUACAUCGCCAAGGUCAGAGGUCAUUAG